UUUUUUUCGAACAUGGCAGCUCAGGUUGAACUGUCAUGUUUAGAUACAUUUCCAACGCACUUAAAUCCUUUGCACGUGCUUGUUUUCAAGUCACAAUUUAGAUAUGCGUUUCCAAGUUGCAAUGAGCCUACUUCGACCCUUUUAUUUACCUCACGGAUACGUCAAACACUCGGGAAAACUGGUGUUUUGCUCUGCGCGCACUCGACAGACGAGGAGACGCCAGGCUGUGCGGCGGAUGGAAACAACACAACUUUAAAACUGUACACAAGUAAGCUCUUUCUCAAACACUAUGGUCUUCAGGAUGAUAUAAGGGGGGCUGUACGCUCACUGUCACCGUUUGCCCUUAGAAAGGUUGUUAUAGGGGCACGAACAAGACAGAGUUUCAAGUGGGCAAGCUCGGAUACGUUUUCCAAUGGACUUCUCAUACUGGCUUCGUGCCAAGGGCAACUACUAUUGGCACGACAAGGGGACUCGCUAUCACUUCCCUAUCACCCUCUACUUGGAGAUGAUAUAUCUCAAGUGCAACAAUAUCUGUUCGACUUAGUUGUGUUGGAGUGUACACCUGUAACGCAGGGGAUGAUCACAAUCAACACAACAUUGGUGGUCACCGACUGCAGAGACAUCGCGCAACGUGGCGCACUGGAAACAUAUAAUGCUUUGGCAACUAGAACUUUGACCUCGCUAUUUGUCUCUGAUUUUGCGCACUACGCGAAUAGUCUUGGCGGGGGAAGCUCAUUACUUGACAACAGGCAAGUAUGGGACUCGAGUUUCUCAGCUUUUUUGCAAGCGCUGGAGUGUAGGCUGGAUGUCAGAAUCGUGGAUAUACCUCGCUUGUACCGUCAAGGGAGAAUUGUACUAGUGGACAAGCCCGAGGCUGAAAUCGAUUUCGACAGUGCUGUUGUCGUAAGCAAACAGUUGCUGCUCAAACUCGGGUUAUUCAACCGUGAGUGGGUAGUGGUGUCUAGUUUUAACUGCUCAUCUGAAAUGACAAAGACGUCCUACAGAGGCGAUUACCUGCGAAGUCCCGGGCAAGCUGAUGAGAACGCAUCUGCCAAAGAGCCAUCCAAGGGCGCCGAAAGAGUCCACCUCGGCUCGGUUGUUGUGGCAGAUUUCAGCAAGUGUGCCGAGUUGGAUCUUCAAGACAACGUUGGCUUCAUAUCGGCGACUCAUUGGUUCAACUUGUCAAAUGGAGAGCCAGUGCCAGUCAGUAGCAGAGCUGUGAAGAUAAAGGUGAGUAAAUAUUUGUACAUAUUUGUUCUUACAUUUUAGUUGAAAGUUAAGUGUUGUGCGAAGUCCUCCAUUCUCAUUUGCAUGCAGGUUGUCAUUGCAACUAUUUUCUCCUAAAUCAAUUUGAAUAGGUUCAAGGGAAAGUUUAAUAUGAAAGGGAUGUGCAUGCCCAUAUACACCCAUUCUCAAAUCCUGGAACAUCCAAGCAACUGACAAUUUGGGACACAGAUUUGUCUACACAUAAUAAUGAUCAUUAUGCUGAAUUCUUUGCUGUAUUUCUUUGAAUUCUCUCAGAGAUGGAACCAGGUCCUUUCUCAGUCAGGUCCUCAGCUUUCUGAGAGCCUCUCUCGAACAGCAUCACCGCUAUUUGCCAAAGAACUCCACAUUGAUGCUGUCAUCUCCCCAGAAUACAGUUCUCAUGGUCCCUUUGACAGUAUCCUCUGUGGGCACUUUACCAUACCAAGGUUAGUGAAAUACUAUUCCGUUCUAUCUGUACUAAUUAUAUAUAAAAAAAUGUGUUCAUUAGUAACCAAACGGAAGCGAAUUGGCCGAAAUUGGGGAGGGACUACCUGAAUUUGGCCUAUAAGAAACUCCCGUUUUCCGUUUGUUGCAAAACGUUUUGCUAUUGUGUGCACUAAUGAAUAUGACCCUGGCCUUGGUUUGUGCUUCAUACUGUUUCCCCACUGUUAUUGGUUUGUUGCAUCUUCCCUGUAGGAUUUGUUUUGAACGCACCAUGCUGUACUUGACCUUUUAUCUUUGACCUUUGUUCCUUCUCUCCCAGACUUGUGCGGCUGGGGGGUGUUUUGGGAAUCCCAUCUGAAGGCCAUCCUGAAGUCUUGGAGAGCAACUCUGAGGGAAUCACAAGGUCCACGCGUCAAGCAGACUAAUGCUUACACUUAUUUAUACAUUUACACUCAGAACAACAGAGGGAGGUUGACCAUAAUGUUUUAACAAAUGUUUCUCCUAUACUACUGUGUGUGUGUGGUCAGAUAAUAUGGCGUGCCACCAUAUCUUGCUUCUUUACGUCAAAUCUACAUGAGCACAUGAUUGGGUAUUCAAUUACGCUCAUCUUACUUGGAACUCUGAACUUUCGUUAGGUGGCCGGUCGUGUAUUUCAAAGUGAAAAAGGUUUGUGGCUCUACAGAGGAGGAGGAAGACCAAGGUCCUUACCUGGCAGACACUGUCCACACAUCUCUAUACAUGGUACGUUUGAACUUUUGACAUAAAAUGUCACAUCGGUAGCCAGAUCCAGACGGUUUUAAGACUGCAUGCAUAAGUGAAUGUUCAAUGCUAGUAAUGUUAUUAUAUUAUUAUUAUUAUGUCAUGCUCUUUUGAGUGGUGAAGUAUGUAUUUCCAUAGGACUAUGCUUGGAAAUAGGCUAGUGGCAAGGCCCCCAAAAUGUUGAGAUACCCCUACCUGAGGUAUAACAAAACACAACCAUGUUUUCACAUAUCUUUAAGGUCUCCCAUAUAUGAAAUGGAUGGUUGUGUAAAAAUAUAUUACUGCAAAAGUGGUUAAAUUGAUAGAUAUUGUGACACACCCCCUUAACUCAGAAAGUGCAGAAUCAUGCCUGGCUGGAGGGGUGUGGGCCACAUAAGCUCAUGUAACCCAAUAUUGCAAGCUCUGAUAUUGUGAAAAUGUUAAAUACAAGUAGUCAGCUGUCUGCCCUACAUACACAAACAAACAGCAUUAGGAUAUCUUAAUGCAUCUUGGAAAUAUAGACCUGUAAACACACAGAUGCAAUAGUCGGGAAAUAUCAACUAUGAAUAUUUAUGAUGAAUGUAAACUUCACUUUUUGGUAGCUGUUCAAUAGACAACUUUCCAAGUAAAAUUUUCCCUCAUUCAGUGCUGUAUGGUCCUGCCUGACAGAAAUGCAUACAGUUACAUGUCUUUUGAUGAUGUGGCUAUUAACCCCCAACAACAACUGCUCCCGGACGCUGAUGAUGUGGAUGUCGAUUAAGGCAGCCCCCCGCACCUCUAUGAUUCAGACGGGUUGGGUUAAAUACGGAAGACGCAUUUCGGUUGAAUGCAUUCAGUUGUGCAACUGACUAGGUAUACCCCCUUUCUCUUUCACGACAUAAGCACACCGUAGCGUAACAGCAAGCACACCGCAACCGUAAUACAACAGUCAGCUACUCUAGUAGUGUAUAUUGUAAUGACCCAGCUGGGUCAUAAAGUAAAAGAGAGACGGGCACCAGGUGUACAGGCAGAACACAGGUUUAUUCCUGAAUGGGCUAUUGUUCAGGCCACAGCCCACGCCGCUAAACCUCGAACGUACACAAAUAUAACAUGUCAAGUCAAGGGUCCCGAACAGAAGAGAGAGAGAUGAGACCGUAACCCCUAUUUAAGCAUUCCAAAACCCCGCGGGAUUACCCAUCAUACCCCCCCAACCUUUCCAUCUGUCCUGGCAUAUUUAACCCCUGCUAGCACCCAUGAGAACGAUAACACACCCACGAACACAGAACACAAUACCGGAUUGUUACAAUAUGUACAGCCCUCUUUUCCCCACUAAAACUACGUGUGCAAGGUUGAUUCAAAGUCUUUGAGGUGACCAGGACAUGAGUGUGCCCUUACAGGGUGAGAAGACAAAUUAGCCAGUGGUGGUUGUAGUUCUGGGGCCUAAUGUGCUUGCAUCGUUAACUGGUCAUUCUUGGCAAGAUGCAAGAUGCAGCGAUAAGGCCAGUAUCCUUCCUGUAUGACUGGCGGGCUAUUGGGGCUGUGAUUCCAUUUCUACAGUUCGGUAUAGUCAGUCAGCAGAUGCAGCUUGCAUACCAAAGAGACCCAUUGACUAACUGGAAUGUUAUCCCAGCCUGAAUGAUGCUGGGCGACUCCAGUAGUGGAAUGGUUGGUUGUCUGGUUGUAAGGAGAGUCUGUGAAAGGGCUGUCACAAACAUACUUUUCUACAUAUUUCUUUAUAUUCCUUUGGAAGUCAGUUAGGAUGAUAAUUUGUCCGAUAUUAACUGUGGGUGGUUGGCAUUGAUAACGGACUGGGGCACGCCCAGCAGAAGAUGUGGAACGUGAUAGAACCUGUGAGGGUGACCUCAGGUUACGUAGAGGUUAGCUAGUGUAGCUAGGUCAUAGACUAAGAAGCGUUGGCUGUAAGAGACGUAGUACAGCUCCACACACGUACAUUUGAAGAUGAUCCCUGGGCUUUGAUGGACAGUAAAAGGGUUGCAGAGGAGCGUGAAAGCGAAUUCUUCACAUGCAAGUCCAGUUCAGGUUGGUAGCAAAAUGGGUACGUAUGAGGGCAAUGCACACCAGCAUUUUCCAGAUGGCGUUUUGGCUGUGAAUGGCCUGACAUGUGGCAGUCCAGUUCCAUGGUGUCUCUGUCUCUAGUAACUGCCAGAGGGAAGGGCUGAUGGUGGAGUGAGCUUAUCAAGGAAUGUUCUGGGAGAUUCAGGAUGGUAUUGACAUUGGAGAGAUGCAAUUCCUAUGUCAUGUGAAGGCCCACGAAGUUGAUGGCAUUUCUUGUCAAUGAGUGUCAGGUUGUGUUGGUUCAUUCUAGUGCUUGUGAUGUGUGGUUGCAUUCUCCCCAUACACCAUAACUGUCACCAAGUUAACAUAUACAGCAACUCCAGGCCAGACAGCCAGGAUGGUGGGCAUGUUUGUCUGGAAGAAGCAAUGUGCCAGCUCAACCCGAACAGGAUAAAAGUGCACGGGAACAUCCCAAUGUGCAUCACAAAUGCAGUGAGCCAGUGGAAGGUCAUGUUUGAUUCAGGCAGACGAAUUGGACUACCAAUGAAUCAAAGCUCACUUCUAAAUUAUAAGGAGGUGACUUAAGAGCCCAAUCCUGGAGGGGCAAGCUAUAUCACAGUGGGGGAAAGUUAUAGCGCUAGGGAGAGGGUGUCAGAGCCCAGGGUUGGAUUCUCUUUCCUUUUGUUGGAGCCUCCCAGUUGCCUCAUUGACCGUCAAAGAGGCUUGUGACUUGGAAUACUUGGUGCUGCCAUGCCAUGCAGUCUGCUGCCUUUUUAUAUAUCCAGACAAAGGUGUUUGAGUGUAUAUGGUGGGCAUAUUGGAUUUCUAACAUAGAUGAAGUGCAGUACACAUCUGAAAAAUGUAUCUCUUAAAAUGUGAACAUAUACAGGUGAUUUAAACACCAUUUCAUGGUAAUGUGGCAGCCAUAUUGGAUUUUGGACACCAUAUUUAAUUUGGAGUCAAAUCUAGGGGGCCCCCUAAUGUAGUUGCAAGAGUAGGGGCUAAACAUAUCCAAUCCACACAGGAACCUUUGACUGAAAAAAAAAAUGACAGUUUUCGGUGUCUGAGCCCCAAAACGUGUCAUUGUGCAUUUUUGUCAGGCAGGACCAUACAGCACUGAAUGAGAGAGAAUGUAACUUGGAAAGUCGUCUAUUGAACAGCUACCAAAAGAUAACGUUUACAUGAAUUAUAAAUAUUCAUAGUUGAUAUUUCCGACUAUUGUAUCUGUGUGUUUACAGUUCUAUAUUUCCCAGAUGCAUUAAGAUAUCCUACUAUUGUUUCUUUGUGUUUGUAGGGCAGACAACUGACACGUGCUUAUGUGGACCACGCCCCCUCCUCCAGCCAGGCAUUAUUCUGCACUGUUUGCGUUAAGGGGGUGUGCCACGAUAUCUAUCAAUUUAACCACUUUUGCAGUAAAAAAAUAUUAUACAACCAUCCAUUUAAUAUAUGGGAGACCUUAGAGAUAUGGAAAAACAUGGUUCUGCUUUGUUAUACCUGGGUUGCCAGGUUGGAUAGGAUCUGUCUCAUUACGAAGAAAUGCCAGUUUGGAGAGGAUCUGUCUCAUUACGAAGAAAUGCCAGGUUGGAGAGGAUCUGUCUCAUUAUGAAGAAAUGCCAGGUUGGAGAGGAUCUGUCUCAUUAUGAAGAAAUGCCAGGUUGGAGAGCAUCUGUCUCAUUAUGAAGAAAUGCCAGGUUGGAGAGGAUCUGUCUCAUUAUGAAGAAAUGCCAGGUUGGAGAGGAUCUGUCUCAUUAUGAAGAAAUGCCAGGUUGGAGAGGAUCUGUCUCAUUAUGAAGAAAUGCCAGGUUGGAGAGGAUCUGUCUCAUUAUGAAGAAAUGCCAGGUUGGAGAGGAUCUGUCUCAUUAUGAAGAAAUGCCAGGUUGGAGAGGAUCUGUCUCAUUAUGAAGAAAUGCCAGGUUGGAGAGGAUCUGUCUCAUUAUGAAGAAAUGCCAGGUUGGAGAGGAUCUGUCUCAUUAUGAAGAAAUGCCAGGUUGGAGAGGAUCUGUCUCAUUAUGAAGAAAUGCCAGGUUGGAGAGGAUCUGUCUCAUUAUGAAGAAAUGCCAGGUUGGAGAGGAUCUGUCUCAUUAUGAAGAAAUGCCAGGUUGGAGAGGAUCUGUCUCAUUAUGAAGAAAUGCCAGGUUGGAGAGGAUCUGUCUCAUUAUGAAGAAAUGCCAGGUUGGAGAGGAUCUGUCUCAUUAUGAAGAAAUGCCAGGUUGGAGAGGAUCUGUCUCAUUAUGAAGAAAUGCCAGGUUGGAGAGGAUCUGUCUCAUUAUGAAGAAAUGCCAGGUUGGAGAGGAUCUGUCUCAUUAUGAAGAAAUGCCAGGUUGGAGAGGAUCUGUCUCAUUAUGAAGAAAUGCCAGGUUGGAGAGGAUCUGUCUCAUUAUGAAGAAAUGCCAGGUUGGAGAGGAUCUGUCUCAUUAUGAAGAAAUGCCAGGUUGGAGAGGAUCUGUCUCAUUAUGAAGAAAUGCCAGGUUGGAGAGGAUCUGUCUCAUUAUGAAGAAAUGCCAGGUUGGAGAGGAUCUGUCUCAUUAUGAAGAAAUGCCAGGUUGGAGAGGAUCUGUCUCAUUAUGAAGAAAUGCCAGGUUGGAGAGGAUCUGUCUCAUUAUGAAGAAAUGCCAGGUUGGAGAGGAUCUGUCUCAUUAUGAAGAAAUGCCAGGUUGGAGAGGAUCUGUCUCAUUAUGAAGAAAUGCCAGGUUGGAGAGGAUCUGUCUCAUUAUGAAGAAAUGCCAGGUUGGAGAGGAUCUGUCUCAUUAUGAAGAAAUGCCAGGUUGGAGAGGAUCUGUCUCAUUAUGAAGAAAUGCCAGGUUGGAGAGGAUCUGUCUCAUUAUGAAGAAAUGCCAGGUUGGAGAGGAUCUGUCUCAUUAUGAAGAAAUGCCAGGUUGGAGAGGAUCUGUCUCAUUAUGAAGAAAUGCCAGGUUGGAGAGGAUCUGUCUCAUUAUGAAGAAAUGCCAGGUUGGAGAGGAUCUGUCUCAUUAUGAAGAAAUGCCAGGUUGGAGAGGAUCUGUCUCAUUAUGAAGAAAUGCCAGGUUGGAGAGGAUCUGUCUCAUUAUGAAGAAAUGCCAGGUUGGAGAGGAUCUGUCUCAUUAUGAAGAAAUGCCAGGUUGGAGAGGAUCUGUCUCAUUAUGAAGAAAUGCCAGGUUGGAGAGGAUCUGUCUCAUUAUGAAGAAAUGCCAGGUUGGAGAGGAUCUGUCUCAUUAUGAAGAAAUGCCAGGUUGGAGAGGAUCUGUCUCAUUAUGAAGAAAUGCCAGGUUGGAGAGGAUCUGUCUCAUUAUGAAGAAAUGCCAGGUUGGAGAGGAUCUGUCUCAUUAUGAAGAAAUGCCAGGUUGGAGAGGAUCUGUCUCAUUAUGAAGAAAUGCCAGGUUGGAGAGGAUCUGUCUCAUUAUGAAGAAAUGCCAGGUUGGAGAGGAUCUGUCUCAUUAUGAAGAAAUGCCAGGUUGGAGAGGAUCUGUCUCAUUAUGAAGAAAUGCCAGGUUGGAGAGGAUCUGUCUCAUUAUGAAGAAAUGCCAGGUUGGAGAGGAUCUGUCUCAUUAUGAAGAAAUGCCAGGUUGGAGAGGAUCUGUCUCAUUAUGAAGAAAUGCCAGGUUGGAGAGGAUCUGUCUCAUUAUGAAGAAAUGCCAGGUUGGAGAGGAUCUGUCUCAUUAUGAAGAAAUGCCAGGUUGGAGAGGAUCUGUCUCAUUAUGAAGAAAUGCCAGGUUGGAGAGGAUCUGUCUCAUUAUGAAGAAAUGCCAGGUUGGAGAGGAUCUGUCUCAUUAUGAAGAAAUGCCAGGUUGGAGAGGAUCUGUCUCAUUAUGAAGAAAUGCCAGGUUGGAGAGCAUCUGUCUCAUUAUGAAGAAAUGCCAGGUUGGAGAGGAUCUGUCUCAUUAUGAAGAAAUGCCAGGUUGGAGAGGAUCUGUCUCAUUAUGAAGAAAUGCCAGGUUGGAGAGGAUCUGUCUCAUUAUGAAGAAAUGCCAGGUUGGAGAGGAUCUGUCUCAUUAUGAAAACGAAAGCCCUUUUUGAGGAUUGGCUACUAGCCUAAAAGUAGAGACGUCACAAACGUCAAAGUAAACAUGACUGGAAACCCCUUGCAAUUUUGGAGACGGCAUCGCAUUUGCUAGCAAAGCAAUUUGCGGUGGCUAAUUAACGAUAAAUGAGAGAAUUGUUUCACCCCACAGUUGGCCAAGAUGAUCCGCUAGUCAGCUAAAGUUGUUUACAGUUAUUUAGCAACCGCUCCUACACUCUUCUGCUGCUUCAAACACCUGUCUCCAAAAAUGACGAGGUUUCUCCAGUUUUUGCAAUUGUGACACCUCCCAUGCAUAUUACUUGUCCUUUUAGGGCGGCUCCACCAAUAGCCUGGCUCCCUGUUCCCUUGUUGGCGAGGAGCCUUCCCUCUGGACUAGCCUGUCUCCUCCUGGGCUCUCCAGCACCGUGGACCAAUUCUCCACUAUCAUCCAGCCUCACAUGAAUGACAGGUCAGUGUUAACUCAGCAGGAUGACAUCAUCUUACGCAACUGGGCCGUAUUCAUUAGUGCAAACCGUAGCAAAAAGUUUUGCAAUGGAAAAUGCUUUGCAACAGAAACAAGAGUUUCUUAUCUGACAUCUUAUUGGAAGUUCAGGUAGUUCAGGUAGGGCAUCUUCCUGAAAACGGACAUAAAUGCAAUUCAAAUCAUCACGUUUACCAUGAUUGGCUUGUAUAUGUCAGCUGAUACCGCGGACCCAGGGCAACACGGUAAACAAUAUGUAAAGUGUAAGUGAACAAGAUUUAGUCAGAGACAAUAUAACAGGAUACUGUAUGUAGAAGAACUGUUAUCCACACUCCUUUGUAUGUCUAUGCUGACUUGUCUAUUAUUUUUAUUUUAUUUAUUUUUUUAAAGCUCUGCUGCUCUGACGAGCGGAUGCACCAUCCUCCUUCUGGGACCGAGUGGAAAUGGCAAAUUCACCUCAGUCAGAGCUGCAUGCCGUAGACUCCAUCUACACUUAGUGAAGGUAUCCUUCAGGAUCACACAACUGGCUUAUUACAAGAUUUGAAUUAAAAUACAAAUGUACAUGUGUUAGUUUUUCUGGGGUUACUGGCUCUAUAGCCAUUAGAAUUGAGGCACGCGCUACAAGUUUGGGACAUUAAAGUAGUAGUUUUUAUUUUUAGUAAGAUUUAAUUUAGUGUCAAAUACAGUCUGUGAGCGGAUCAAAUCUAAGGCUAUCCAGCCACUUUUCUUUGUAAGUCAAUACACAAAGUACACACUUUUUCUCCCAAGGCUCCUAAUAGAUAUGUGACGAAAACAAAGCUUACAUUGAGUCAGUUCCAGCACUGAGAUGGAGAUCUGUCGUUAUGGGACUUAACUUUAGUCUUAAAGAGCGACUACCUUUAAAAAGCAACUAAUUCCUUUGAAAAUGGCCUAUGUGGCAUUGAUAGGACUUAGAAACAUUUAUUCUAGUGUCAAAAUUGACUACAAAGUGUAAAUAGGAUAAUUUUGGUAAUUAAGUCACUCUCGUCUAAAACGGAGUUUGGCACAUCAAUGCGUCACAACGGAUAAUUAAGGUUGGGUUUUGAUUUGAAGAUGUCCAUUUGCCCACUAACAUGGGGUGAACCGCUGCGGUGAUUGCUCUCUAUCCAAUAGCAUAGACAGUGAGACAGACUGCACAGCAGCUCCGACUUUGUUUACAUAAGACAACAGCUUGCACAUUUUGUGACUUGAGAAAUACUGCACUAAAAACCUUAGUUAGAUGUAAAAUUGCGCAACUAAAACAUAAUCUGCAAAAACGUCAAAAUAAUUACAGAUUUGAUGAGUUAUCUUAGAUUCAUUCUGGAGAUUUUGAGGAAGUGAAAUAGGCUACAGUGUCUCAUGGAGGACAAACAUAAUUAAAUGCCGAACUGGUCAGGAAAACACACGUGCCAAUCGGCGUGUUCAGUGGCUCUUUAAGUUGCUUAUGUCAAAUAUUUGGAAAUGUUCCUCUCUCUCUGCCCCCUGUGCAGGUGGACUGCGUGACCCUCUGCGCUGACACGGCCGCCGCCUGUGAGGCCAAGAUGAAGUCUGUCUUCCAGCGAGCUGAGGCCCACCGGCCGUGCAUCCUGCUGCUCAGGAACCUGCAGCUGCUGGGCCAGCCCAGGGAUGGCACCGAGGAGGAUGCCAGGGUCAUGGCCGCCCUGUGCCAGUUCAUUGCCCACACCCCUUCCAGGUAGCCCAUCCAUCUUAACCAAGGUUACAAUUCAAUCGAUGUAUGCGGUGCCUUUGUUACUACUACUGUAAGCUACUGCCUGCACGCGCAUACAGAAGGAACGGCUACGUGUGUAACCUCCGUCACUGUCCUCUCUCUCUCCCUCUUAGCGUGGUCGUGGUGGCGGCGGUGAGUAAGCCCCGGGAGCUGUCGUCUGACGUGAUGGCAGCCUUUAUCCACCAGGUGUCGAUAGAGAGCCCCAGUGAGGAGCAGCGCCGGGCUAUGCUGGCCAGCCUCAGCGAGGGCCUGCCCCUGGGGAGGGACGUCAACCUGUCCAGGCUGGCCAAGCACACUGCGGUGAGAUCCUUAGCAUGGUUUAGCCAUUAUAUUCAUACUUCAUAGACACCAGCCCAAUUCUGAUUCUCCCCAAUAUUUCUGAUGCGUUCACUUGUUCACAUCCCCCUUCAAGGAUUUAAAAGGCACCCGAUUGGUUUAGAGACCAAUUGAGAAUCUAUGGAAGUGAGUUUAGUUUUGUGGAAGAGACACAUUUGAUUCGGAAGGACAGUGACUUUUGAUGAUCCUUCUAACACCUCCCCCUCUGUCCUCUUUUUAUAUUUCUCUCUCGACUCCCAGGGCUUUCUAUUGGGGGACCUCAGUGCACUGCUGACUCAGGCUGGUAAAGCCGCCCACAGAAGGAUACUCCAAUCCUGGUGAGUUUUCCUCCCGCAAUUGCUCUUCCCCACUGAAUAUCCGCUGAACUCUAGCAACUAUACGCAAUGUGUUCUUCUUGUUAUGUUGUAUAUUGUGUCCUAUUCCUUGUGAUUGUCUCUGUUGAUUUUAUGAAUAUAAUUCUGCUGCAAAGCCAAUUUCAUAACCAAGUUUUCUACUGCUACUACGACUACUACUGCUACUACUGCUAACGACUGCUACUAUGCACUACGACAUCUACUACUGCACUACGAUACUACUACUGACUACGACUACUAGCUACUACUACUGUAUACUGCUACUACUACUACUGCUAACUACUACGGCUACUACUGUACUAUACUACGGCUACUAACGCUACUACUGCUACGCUACUACUGCUAACGUACUACACUACCCUAACUGCUACUACUACUGCUACUACGGCUACCAUACUCUCACUACGACUACUACUCUACUACUGCAUACGACUACUACUACGGUACUACUGACAUACUAACGACUACUGCUACUAACUACUACUCUACUACUAUGCUACUACACUUACUACGGCUACUCUCUACUACUACUCUACUGGUCUAACUACGCUACUACUGACUACUACGGUACUACUGCUCUAGACUACUACGCUACAUAUGCUUCACUGCUACUAGACUAAGACUACUACUGAUGACUGAACGAUCUUUUUAGCAUUCUAGAGAUAACCUAUGCUAGGGAAUUAUAUCAAAAGGAUAUCAUACCACUACAGAAUGACUGAAGCAGGCAUUUUUGUUCAGUUUCCCAGAGGGGGCCAGUGUGCAGGAGGAAGAGGACCUCUGUGCCUGUGGGGUAACCGUCCUGGCCCAGGACUUCACCAAUGCAUUGGAGACCCUCCAAGAUGCCCACUCUCAGGCCAUCGGCGCCCCAAAGGUACACCCCGAAAAUGGGGCGCGUGGCUAUUUCUCAAUUAUCUAAAUAAUCGUCCCUUUCCUACAUUGCAUUGGUCUGAAAGAACUGCCCAGGUGAAAGCCAGCCUAAUGACCGUCCACCAUGUUGUUUUCCUGUCAGUGCAGAUAAAGGAGAGACAAGAUUUUUUUAGCAGUUUAGAUGAAACCCAUGGCUCUGGUACUUCUCCAGAAGUGUGCACUCGUUCACUCCCCCUCAUGCAUUUAAAAAAGCAUUGGAUUGGUGCAAGCAUGGCUGGAGGGAGUUUCCACCAUAUUCUUCACACCAGUCCAUUCCUUUUAAAUGAGGGGAAGUGUACGAGUGCACACUUCACGAGAUGGGAAGAGAAUUGGACUGUAGCCCAUGUUUCACUGGCUCAGAGGAGACGGACACUGAUCAACUGCUUAUGGAGGGAAAGUGUAACAUUCCUGUGUGUGUGUGUGGGGUCAGAUCCCCAGUGUGCGCUGGCAGGACGUUGGCGGCCUGCAGCAGGUGAAGCGGGAGAUCCUUGACACGGUGCAGCUGCCCCUGGAGAGGCCCGAGCUGCUGUCCCUGGGCCUGCGCCGAGCCGGGCUGCUCCUCUACGGGCCCCCCGGCACGGGCAAAACCCUGCUGGCCAAGGCCGUGGCUACCGAGUGCUCCAUGACCUUCCUCAGGUAGGAGACAACCAGAGGAGACUGGAAGACUGGGUCAAGUUCAGUAGGGCACACUGUAGCGAAACGGUUGCAACGGAAAAAAGUGUUCAGAUAGCACCUCCCUGUUUCCCUCAAAAGUUUUCUCCCGAAUGGACACGUCCUUGGUGUCAGGUAAAAGGGAUGAGAAAGCUGGAGAAAUGUCAUGGAAUGUUGCAGAUAUAUAUUUUUUUAUGUAGAGCCAACAUUCCCUAUUCUAAGUGACGGAGAAGUGUGUCUUGUUCUACAUAAUAUAUGUACAGUGAGGGAAAAAAGUAUUUGAUCCCCUGCUGAUUUUGUACGUUUGCCCACUGACAAAGACAUGAUCAGUCUAUAAUUUUAAUGGUAGGUUUAUUUGAACAGUGAGAGACAGAAUAACAACAAAAAAAUCCAGAAAAACGCAUGUCAAAAAUGUUAUGAAUUGAUUUGCAUUUUAAUGAGGGAAAUAAGUAUUUGACCCCUCUGCAAAACAUGACUUAGUACUUGGUGGCAAAAACUUUGUUGGCAAUCACAGAGGUCAGACGUUUCUUGUAGUUGGCCACCAGGUUUGCACACAUCUCAGGAGGGAUUUUGUCCCACUCCUCUUUGCAGAUCUUCUCCAAGUCAUUAAGGUUUCGAGGCUGAAGUUUGGCAACUCGAACCUUCAGCUCCCUCCACAGAUUUUCUAUGGGAUUAAGGUCUGGAGACUGGCUAGGCCACUCCAGGACCUUAAUGGGCUUCUUCUUGAGCCACUCCUUUGUUGCCUUGGCCGUGAGUUUUGGGUCAUUGUCAUGCUGGAAUACCCAUCCACGACCCAUUUUCAAUGCCCUGGCUGAGGGAAGGAGGUUCUCACUCAAGAUUUGAUGGUACAUGGCCCUGUCCAUCGUCCCUUUGAUGCGGUGAAGUUGUCCUGUCCCCUUAGCAGAAAAACACCCCCAAAGCAUAAUGUUUCCACCUCCAUGUUUGACGGUGGGGAUGGUGUUCUUGGGGUCAUAGGCAGUAUUCCUCCUCCUCCAAACACGGCGAGUUGAGUUGAUGCCAAAGAGCUCGAUUUUGGUCUCAUCUGACCACAACACUUUCACCCAGUUCUCCUCUGAAUCAUUCAGAUGUUCAUUGGCAAACUUCAGACGGGCAUGUAUAUGUUCUUUCUUGAGCAGGGGGACCUUGCGGGCACUGCAGGAUUUCAGUCCUUCACGGCGUAGUGUGUUACCAAUUGUUUUCUUGGUGACUAUGGUCCCAGCUGCCUUGAGAUCAUUGACAAGAUCCUCCCGUGUAGUUCUGGGCUGAUUCCUCACCGUUCUCAUGAUCAUUGCAACUCCACGAGGUGAGAUCUUGCAUGGAGCCCCAGGCCAAGGGAGAUUGACAGUUCUUUUGUGUUUCUUCCAUUUGCGAAUACUCACACCAACUGUUGUCACCUUCUCACCAAGCUGCUUGGCGAUGGUCUUGUAGCCCAUUCCAGCCUUGUGUAGGUCUACAAUCUUGUCCCUGACAUCCUUGGAGAGCUCUUUGGUCUUGGCCAUGGUGGAGAGUUUGGAAUCUGAUUGAUUGAUUGCUUCUGUGGACAGGUGUCUUUUAUACAGGUAACAAACUGAGAUUAGGAGAACUCCCUUUAAGAGUGUGCUCCUAAUCUCAGCUCGUUACCUGUAUAAAAGACACCUGGAAGCCAGAAAUCUUUCUGAUUGAGAGGGGGUCAAAUACUUAUUUCCCUCAUUAAAAUGCAAAUCAAUUUAUAACAUUUUUUACAUGCGUUUUUCUGGAUUUUUUUGUUGUUAUUCUGUCUCUCAAUGUUCAAAUAAACCUACCAUUAAAAUUAUAGACUGAUCAUUUCUUUGUCAGUGGGCAAAUGUACAAAAUCAGCAGGGGAUCAAAUACUUUUUUCCCUCACUGUAUAUCUGAUUGUUCUGUAAUGUUGCACCCCCCUGAGCCCGACACCGGGUAAUGAGCGUCUUGUGGUGAAUAAGCAUAUCAUCCAUAUUUGUUUCACACAUUCAGUUGAAUGAUUGUGCUUGAAUCCUGAUGGCUUUGUCUUCCCCUUCGUUUAGUGUCAAAGGCCCGGAACUCAUCAACAUGUACGUGGGUCAAAGCGAGGAGAACGUAAGAGAGGGUGAGUGUAGUAGUGGGUUUAGAUUACUGUUUGACCUGAAUAUGGCUGUUUGUUCAACUCCCCUGGGCUGGGCGCAUGGCUUGCCAGUAAGGUUUAGUCAAAUUGACCUUUUCUGCAUUGCACGCGCUUAUCUCAACUCUAAAUCGGGCCCUAGUUGAAUAGAUGCAAUCAACUGUAUGCGUUGUGCAUUUCAAAAGCAGAGCAGUUUACACCUCUCUGUAAAACCCUGAUGAAGGUCUAUUGACCGACACGUCUGUGUGAUAUCCAACAAAUAUCCAACAAGUGCUUCUUGUUCUUCAUGCUCCUGUUGCAUUGUCUGAAAACAUACUAGUGAAGACCAGAGGUCAAGUCUACAUAUACAGUGGGGAGAACAAGUAUUUGAUACACUGCCGAUUAUGCAGGUUUUCCUACUUACAAAGCAUGUAGAGGUCUGUAAUUUUUAUCAUAGGUACACUUCAACUGUGAGAGACAGAAUGUAAAACAAAAAUCCAGAAAAUCACAUUGUAUGAUUUUUAAGUAAUUAAUUUGCGUUUUAUUGCAUGACAUAAGUAUUUGAUCACCUACCAACCAGUAAGAAUUCCGGCUCUCACAGACCUGUUAGUUUUUCUUUAAGAAGCCCUCCUGUUCUCCACUCAUUACCUGUAUUAACUGCACCUGUUUGAACUCGUUACCUGUAUAAAAACACCUGUCCACACACUCAAUCAAACAGACUCCAACCUCUCCACAAUGGCCAAGACCAGAGAGCUGUGUAAGGACAUCAGGGAUAAAAUUGUAGACCUGCACAAGGCUGGGAUGGGCUACAGGACAAUAGGCAAGCAGCUUGGUGAGAAGGCAACAACUGUUGGCGCAAUUAUUAGAAAAUGGAAAGUUCAAGAUGACGGUCAAUCACCCUUGGUCUGGGGUUCCAUGCAAGAUCUCACCUCGUGGGGCAUCAAUGAUCAUGAGGAAGGUGAGGGAUCAGCCCAGAACUACACGGCAGGACCUGGUCAAUGACCUGAAGAGAGCUGGGACCACAGUCUCAAAGAAAACCAUUAGUAACACACUACGCCGUCAUGGAUUAAAAUCCUGCAGCACACGCAAGGUCCCCCUGCUCAAGCCAGCGCAUGUCCAGGCCCAUCUGAAGUUUGCCAAUGACCAUCUGGAUGAUCCAGAGGAGGAAUGGGAGAAGGUCAUGUGGUCUGAUGAGACAAAAAUAGAGCUUUUUGGUCUAAACUCCACUCGCCGUGUUUGGAGGAAGAAGAAGGAUGAGUACAACCCCAAGAACACCAUCCCAACUGUGAAACAUGGAGGUGGAAACAUCAUUCUUUGGGGAUGCUUUUCUGCAAAGGGGACAGGACGACUGCACCGUAUUGAGGGGAGGAUGGAUGGGGCCAUGUAUCGCGAGAUCUUGGCCAACAACCUCCUUCCCUCAGUAAGAGCAUUGAAGAUGGGUCGUGGCUGGGUCUUCCAGCAUGACAACAACCCAAAACACACAGCCAGGGCAACUAAGGAGUGGCUCCGUAAGAAGCAUCUCAAGGUCCUGGAGUGGCCUAGCCAGUCUCCAGACCUGAACCCAAUAGAAAAUAUUUGGAGGGAGCUGAAAGUCCGUAUUGCCCAGCGACAGCCCCGAAACCUGAUGGAUCUGGAGAAGGUCUGUAUGGAGGAGUGGGCCAAAAUCCCUGCUGCAGUGUGUGCAAACCUGGUCAAGACCUACAGGAAACAUAUGAUCUCUGUAAUUGCAAACAAAGGUUUCUGUACCAAAUAUUAAGUUCUGCUUUUCUGAUGUAUCAAAUACUUAUGUCAUGCAAUAAAAUGCAAAUGAAUUACUUCAUUUGCAUUUUACAAUGUGAUUUUUCUGGAUUUUUGUUUUAGAUUCCGUCUCUCACAGUUGAAGUGUACCUAUGAUAAAAAUGACAGACCUCUACAUGCUUUGUAAGUAGGAAAACCUGCAAAAUCGGCAGUGUAUCAAAUAGAGCCAAUGGCCUAUGAUGUAACUGUCCUGUACAUAUGAUAUCCAAUAAAAUGGGUCUUCCUCUCUGUUAUUCAGUGUUCUCCAAAGCUCGAGCAGCGGCCCCCUGUAUCAUCUUCUUUGAUGAGCUCGACUCUCUAGCGCCCAACAGAGGGCGCAGUGGAGACUCGGGUGGAGUCAUGGACAGGUGGGUGGGAUUGAUCUUUGGAGGAUUCACCACUGAAAAUGAUUAUAAUUUUUAGAAAAUUACAUUUCGACAAAGCAGUUAGAGCACGUCAUAUAAAAUAUAAUGCAACAAACACGGGUUAUCUUGGAGGUCCAGAGUCACCCUUGUUUGACAAACAUUUUUAAUAGUGGAAACUGGGCCUUUUACAUUCCUAUUCUCUCAAUGAGGCCAAUGAAAGUGUGUGGAUAUUGAAUAGUCUUAGUACUGACACAAUGUUAUUUUGUGGAGCAUUAAAAUAUUAUGAAGGUGUUUUGCUUAUUCUGAAGAUUUUCAGUGCUUGCCAGCAACUGUCUUUUCUUGUAAAUCCCUGCUUCCCUCAUUUGUAUAGGAUCAGUUUAUCCUCCCCAAAUUCUGACCUUAACCAUUGGGGGGAAACAGAAAACUGACCAUAGAUCAGUGACUAAGGACAACUUCAUCUUCUUCCUUGUUUGAACCUGAUCUCUGUUAACUGUAGGGUGGUCUCUCAGCUCCUGGCUGAGCUCGACGGACUUCACUCCUCUGGGGACGUGUUUGUGAUUGGAGCCACCAACCGACCAGACCUGCUCGAUCAAUCAUUGCUCAGACCUGGCAGGUGAGAUUCAAAUGGCGGUUUGUCGAGCCAAUCAGUGUGAGUCACCUCACAAAGCAGAUGUUUAUGCAGUAAACUCCUACAGACAUGUACCUUUUGAAAAAGUCAACAUUUAGAUGUUGGACAAGCCACCAAAUGGCUGUACUUUAUUGUUCUAAAAUACUUUUUUUGUAUUUUCCAUCAUGUUUUUGACCUUAUGGUUUCCUCUGCUGCUCUUUCAGGUUUGACAAAUUGGUGUAUGUUGGGAUCAAUGAAGACAAAGAGUCUCAGCUGCAAGUUUUGAAGGCCAUAGUCAGAAAGUAAGUGUGUCCUGCCUGAUUAUAAUUUAUUGUCAAACAUGAACAACAAAAAGCUGGUAACACUACAGGUGUUUUUUUCAAUAGUUAUCCUCGCAGAAUCAAGGUGAAAGUGCAGAAAUGUGCUGCAAACAUACAGUGCAUUCGGAAAGUAUUCAGACCCCUUGACUUUUUCCACAUUUUGUUACGUUACAGCCUUAUUCUAAAAUGGAUUAAAUACAUUUCCCCCCCUCAUCAAUCUACACACGAUAACCCAUAAUGACAAAGCAAAAACAGUUUUUUAGAAUAUUUUGCAAAUGUAUUAAAUAUAAACAGAUACCUUAUUUACAUGUAUUAGACAUUUUUUUUUUUUUUCUUUUGAUAUAUAAUAUAUUUAAAUAAUUAUUAUAUGAUACUAUGAUAAUAUAUAUAUAUAGAAUUAUGUAAUUAACUCGUCUCAUAAGUGAGAUAGUUUUAGACCGAAGUAGAGGCCGGCGUUGUGUUCACUAAUUACUCCAGUGGGAAGGAUGGUGGUUGAAAGUAAAAAGGGAAUAUAACUAUCUAUAUAAAAAAAAUAAAAUACAAAACAUGGGAUUGGAAGUGAUGCAGACAUACAUGAGACUGAAAUUGAGCUCAGGUGCAUCCUGUUUCCAUUGAUCAUCCUUGAGAUAUUUCUACAACUUGAUUGGAUUCCACCUGUGGUAAAUUAAAUUGAUUGGACAUGGUUUGGAAAGGCACACACUUGUCUAUAUAAGGUCCCACAGUUGACAGUGCAUGUCAGCACAAAAACCAAGCCAUGAGGUUGACGGAAUUGUCCGUAGAGCUCCGAGACAGGAUUGUGUCGAGGCACAGAUCUGGGGAAGGGUACAAAACAUUUUCAGCAGCAUUGAAGGUCCCAAGAACAGUGGCCUCCAUCAUUCUUAAAUGGAAGAAGUUUGAAACCACCAAGACUCUUCCUAGAACUGGCCGCCCGGCCAAACUGAGCAAUCGGGGGAAAAGGGCCUUGGUCAGGGAGGUGACCAAGAACCCGAUGGUCACUCUGACAGAGUUCCUCUGUGGAGAUGGGAGAUACCUUUUAUGGUAAAGUGGCCAGACGGAAGCCACUCCUCAGUAAAAUGCACAUGACAGGCCGCUUGGAGUUUGCCAAAGGGCACCUAAAGGACUCUGACCAUGAGAAACAAGAUUCUCUGAUCUGAUGAAACCAAGAUUGAACUCUUUGGCCUGAAUGCCAAGCAUCACGUCUGGAGGAAACCAGGCACCAUGCUGUGGGGAUGUUUUUCAGGGUCAGGGACUGGGAGACUAGUCAGGAUUGAGGGAAAGAUGAACGGAGCAAAGUACAGAGAGAUCCUUGAUGAAAACCUGCUCCAGAGUGCUCAGGACCUCAGACUGGGGUGAAGGUUCACCUUCAAACAGGACAACGACCCUAAGCACACAGCCAAGACAACGCAGGAGUGGCUUUGGGACAAGUCUGAAUGUCCUUGAGUGGCCCAGCCAGGGCCUGGACUUGAACCCGAUCGAACAUCUCUGGAGAGACCUGAAAAUAGCUGUGCAGCGACGCUCCCCAUCCAACCUGACAGAGCUUGAGAGGAUCUGCAGAGAAGAAUGGGAGAAACUCCCCAAAUACAGGUGUGCCAAGGUUAUAGCGUCAUACCCAAGAAGACUUGAGGCUGUAAUCGCUGCCAAAGGUGCUUCAAUAAAGUACUGAGUAAAGGGUCUGAAUACUUAUGUAAAUGUAAUAUUACCGUUUUUAAUUUUUAAUACAUUUGCAAACAUUUCUAAAAACCUGUUUUUACUUGAUCAUGAUGGGUUAUUGAGUGUAGAUUGAGAAGGAUAAUAAAAAAAAAAAAAUCCAUUUUAGAAUAAGGCUGUAAUGUAACAAAAUGUGGAAAAGGUCAAGGGGUCUGAAUACUUUCCGAAUGCACUGUAUGAUAUUUGUGCUAUAUGUUAAUUGCAAUGUGUGUCUGUGUGUUUCUGUGCUCUCAGGUUCAAGGUGGACCCCAGUGUCAGUCUCCAGGAUGUGGUGGAGCGCUGCCCUCCUCAGCUCACAGGGGCGGACAUGUAUGCUCUCUGCUCCGACGCCAUGAUGUCUGCCAUUAAGAGGAAGAUUGCAUGUGUCACUGACGGUACGUUUGGCCCUCACAAAUUGAGACGUGUAUGUUUUCCUUGUAAAGGUCUGUUAAAAAUCCUCCUUAAGGUGUAAAAACUAUAAUUGUUGGCUUAAACACAGAAAUUUGAAAGCCUGCCUGAAACCGAAGCAUGGCAAACUGUGAUGUACGAUUGCCUCAGUACCUCAGUUCACAUUAGUGGGCUAUACAAACGGUCUAAUCAAUUGAAAAUACAACAGUUCCUCUUUUGAUAUUUACAUUUAAAUAGAAUGGUCAACCGUCAUGCUCUUCAAUGCUAUCUUUAUCUUGUCCAUUUAUUGAAAAACAUACUUUUUGAGUUUUAAAAGAAAAUCUAUGUGGACAAUAUACUGUACCCAAAUAAUGUGCCUAUAAAAUCUAUAGUCUCAAUGCUAUAAACCCAUUUUUUUUUUAUCUACUGCAUUCUUGCAUUUGUCCUAUCCCUACAACCCCUCAUAUCAUGUAGAAACAAACCAUAACAUGAAUGUAUCUUAUUUUAGCAACACAUGGACACAAAUUAAGAGAUAAUUCAGUCAUUUUCAGAAUUUUUUACUGCAGCGCAAAAUUUGUGGCAAUUAUGUUUCUCUAUGAAUUUUUCAUUCCACAAAAACUUAAACCAUUAUAAAUGAUGUACUGGAAAAUAUAUAAAAUACCAUUCUUUCAUAUCAUCCUUUCUAAAUACCCAUGUCAUACACAUGUCAUAUGUACUGUUAAUAGCAUUUUAAGAGAUGACCGUCUCAGUUCCUAGAGCCCUAUGACAACCUCAAGCAUCAGUAACAAGCGCAAUAGGGACUUAUUUAUCUCUUUCACACUCUCCUUUCUCUCCCAACCCCCUUCUACUCAUAUAUUCUCUCUUUUGAAUGUUUCCUCUGCCCCUCCAUUUCUCUCACUCCCUCUCAGGUCUGGACACAGAGGAUACUCCUCUCAUGCUGUCUGCCGAAGACUUUAACCAAGCAUUGGAUUGCCUCAAACCGUCCGUCUCCGAACAAGAGCUGCUCAAAUAUAAACUAAUUCAGCAGAAACUCACCACAAAAUAACCAAGCCACUCAAGACUAGUGCCGCCCAAGCAUGGGGCUAAGCUAUUCUCUUCUGCAUGCACUACGUUACCCACAAUCCUCUACCACAAGGGUGUAUUCCUCAAGAGUGUAGGCUCUGCAAAAACUGGGGUGUGAAAUUCUCUUCCUCGAGGGCUGCUACUUUUUUUAUUUCUCUGCACUAAUGAGUGGUGUCAUUAAGUCCAAGGGACCAAACUAGCUCUCAACCUAAUUAAUGCACAAUAUUGGAUGUGGACCACAUUUGUACAGUUUACAAAUAUGCAGCACAAACCUUACGUUGACUGUUCAAAUUGCAAUCACUAGUUUCUGAAUUGAGCUUAAGCAUCAGAAUUUGGCAGUGUUAAUGGCAGCAGCAAAUGCAUAUGUAAGUUGUUCAAAUGAAAACAAGUAUGUCCAUGGCCCUCUAGGAGUAAAGUUGGGACAUCACUUUUCUAUAUCCUCAAAGUGACACUGCUGCUGUUCCUUACUAGCUGCUGUUAGUUACUAGCCAUAUGUUGUCCAAUGAAGCCCAUUAAUUGCAAAGUUGUCUCUUACUGAGUCUUGCAUUUCAGCAGAAUGUUCCAGAUCUGAGUGGUUUAUUAUUCCAAUGCUUCCCCAACCUGAAACUAUUUUGAAUGCUGGUUUCUUUUACAAGCCAUCCUUUCAGAGACUUGUUUGAGCAACAAUAGACCCAGCCAAGCCAUCAACAGUUCAAAUUAAAACAAUGGUUUGAUGGAAAACCAGCAUAAUAAGAAGUUGUAGACUGUUUUGGGUAACACUGGUUGGUGCAGAGUUUCCCCUUCUUUCACCCUGUAGAUCAUUUGCAUAAAAUCAAUUAUGAAAAAUUGUAAAAAUAUGAAUCACUUAAGUACAGUUUAGAACAAAUACACAUUGAAACAAAGCUACCGCAUCAAUCCAUGAGAAUGUAUCCGGUCACACUUUAUAUUAAGUUGGCAGUUUAUUGUUUUAAGAAAUCAUUUGUUACAGCAUGAGUAAAUAUGAGUAACAAAGCUGAUGUUCCUCUGAGUGACACAUUGUUGGAUGAAUUUUAAAUGUGUAUGGUUCAAACCAAAGUUGAGCUUGAAUCAGAGUUUAGUAAUUCUCUACUAUAAUUUUGACUAUUCCAAUUUUGUCCUUUGUGAAGAUUGUGGAACGAAAGUUAAUGUAUUUACAUGUGAAAUGUGACAACUUAGUAUAAAGAUGAUAAAUUAAUACAAUAAUGUAAAAUAUUAAAAGAUUGCUAUCAAUGUCAAAACGGAUACUUACAUUUUUGUAUGAUGAGACAUUGUGCUUCCCAUCUCAUGGUAGCAAAAAUGACAAUAUGAUUACAAAAUGAAGACAAACAAAUCUACAAAUUGUGUUAACUAUAACUUUCAAAUGGUGCAAACUUUUUUUUCCUAGCCAGGUUAAGUAAUUGUAAUGUUUAUGUAAUAAAUUAUUUCUGAUUUUAAAAAGUGUAUUACUUGGGUUGGUAAAAUAAACUUUACCAAAAUAUUAACUUGCUUUACUUGAAAUCUUACCAGUAAAGACUACAUUGCAGUGUCAUGAGCAGGGCAUAUGAUUUUUUUAAAGCGGUUUAUGUUAUUUCAUGAUACAUGAUUUGUGAAAGCUUGCCAUUCACUUAAAUACAAUAGGCAUUAUCAGAUAAUGUAGUUAACAAAAUAAAUGUUAAUUGCCAAACAUAUUUUCUAUGACCUGUCCAUGGCAUUGUAAAGUAGGCUUUAUGAUUUGAGUGUAAUAAAGUGUUGCCUCGAAUUGUUGUUACCUAUUUGUAAAGGAAUACAAGCAUUUCGCUACACCCGCAAUAACAUCUGCUAAAUACGUGU